AUGUUUGGGAUUCAGGACCAUAUACCGAGAGGGGCUGAUAUCAAGGACAAAUCGACUGGGAGUGGAAUGGACGCUGUUCGAUCUUGGGUCCGGACCGUAGGGGUGGUGGCCGCCAAUGUCGCGGCACAGAGCGGCGUGGCUCUGGCCAGAGCGCACUUCGAAAAACAGCCUCCGUCCAAUUUACGGAAGUCCAAUUUUUUCCACUUCGUUCUGGCACUUUAUGACAGACAGGGCCAGCCAGUAGAGAUUGAGCGAACCACUUUCACAGACUUCGUGGAGAAAGACUUGGAACCGGGAAACGACAAAACUAACAACGGGACUCAUUACAAGCUGCAGCUACUCUACAGCAAUGGUAUGCGGACGGAACAAGACCUGUACGUGCGACUCAUCGAUUCAGUGACCAAGCAGCCAAUUGUCUACGAGGGUCAAAACAAAAACCCAGAAAUGUGCCGGGUACUUCUCACACAUGAAGUAAUGUGCAGCCGCUGCUGUGAAAAAAAGAGCUGUGGCAACAGAAAUGAAACUCCUUCAGAUCCCGUCAUCAUUGACAGAUUCUUCCUAAAGUUCUUCCUCAAGUGCAAUCAGAAUUGUUUGAAAACAGCCGGGAACCCACGAGACAUGCGCCGAUUCCAGGUUGUUUUAUCAACAACAAUAAAUGUUGAUGGUCAUGUGCUGGCUGUUUCCGAUAACAUGUUUGUGCACAACAACUCCAAGCAUGGACGCAGAGCCCGUCGCCUUGACCCCACAGAAGCUACACCAUGCAUCAAAGCCAUCAGCCCUAGUGAAGGUUGGACCACUGGGGGUGCCAUGGUCAUCAUUAUUGGGGAUAAUUUUUUCGAUGGAUUGCAAGUUCUGUUUGGCACCAUGCUUGUUUGGAGUGAGCUCAUUACUCCCCAUGCCAUUAGAGUACAGACUCCUCCUCGACACAUUCCAGGAGUGGUGGAGGUCACACUUUCGUACAAGUCAAAACAAUUCUGCAAAGGUGCACCUGGAAGAUUCAUUUAUACAGCACUGAAUGAGCCCACAAUAGACUACGGUUUCCAGAGACUGCAGAAGGUCAUUCCUCGGCACCCAGGUGAUCCAGAAAGACUAGCAAAGGAGAUGUUACUGAAAAGAGCAGCAGAUCUUGUUGAGGCAUUAUAUGGAGGACCACCAAAUAAUCAGGAAAUAAUUCUGAAGCGAGCAGCCGAUAUUGCAGAAGCUCUGUACAGUGUGCCUAGGACCCCCAGCCAGCUUCCGACACUUUCUAAUACUCCCAGCCACAGCAGCAUGAUGAGAAUGAACUCCUAUGGUAGUCAACUGGGAGUGAGCAUCUCAGAGUCCACACAGGGCAACAGCCAAGGAUAUAUCCACAACAGCAGCAGCAUCUCUCCACGUGGAUAUGCACCCACCCAUUCACCACAACAGUCAAACUACAACACAGUGGGUGGCAAUAUCAAUGGAUAUAGCAAUGUGCCAAUGUCAAACCUUGGAGUACCCAGUUCUCCUGGAUUCCUAAACAGCUCUCCUGUCAGCUCACCCUAUGGCAUUAUGCCUUCCAGUCCGACUGUGGCCUCUGCUGUUCCUCUGUCCUCCAGCACAUCUGCCAUUCUUCCCUUCUCAUCUUCUGUCUUCCCCGCAGUGAAACAGAAGAGCGCCUUUGCACCGGUGAUCCGACCCCAAGACUCCCCCUCCCCGGCCUGCUCCAAUGGGAAUGGAAAUGGAUUCCGAGCCAUGACUGGGCUCGUAGUUCCUCCGAUGUGAGCCUAUUUUCUUCAGUCACUAUAUCGCAUUCCAGGGAGCAAAGUUCAUCCACUACAAAAAUACUAUCACCAGAAUCCACAGCUGUCAAAAAUAUUAACAGGCGUUCCCUUGGAAGCCAGGAACAAAGCUGACUUUCUUCAUUGAAUGGACCGAGUGAAUUCCCCAUAGUGUUGUGGAAAACUCAGUUUCAUCUGCAUUCAAGGAAUCGCCUCAAACGUAUGGAAGUGAUGGACAAGGUGGUGGGUGUUGAGGGAGAAGAG